AUGACGAAACCUAGAGUGACAGAUCAAAUCAAAUUUCUUCCAAAGAGAAUAAUAUUAGUCCGCCAUGGCGAGAGUGAAGGUAAUAUCGAUGGCUCCGCCUAUUCCACCACCCCCGAUUACAAGAUCCCACUUACCAAACAAGGAAUGGAACAGGCAAAGCUCGCCGGAAGCCAAAUCCGAUGUGUAGUCUCUGACUCCGGCUCCACCAAUAAUUGGAAGGUUUACUUUUACGUAUCACCUUAUGCACGAUCCCGAUCGAGUCUACGUGAGAUUGGAAGAUCAUUUCCUAAGAAGAGUGUGAUCGGCGUUAGAGAGGAAUGUAGAAUCAGAGAACAGGAUUUUGGGAAUUUUCAGAUUACUGAGCGGAUGAAGAUUAUUAAGGAAACAAGAGAGAGAUUUGGUAGAUUCUUUUAUCGAAUGCCUGAAGGCGAAUCCGCUGCCGAUGUCUACGAUCGUGUUUCGAGUUUUCUCGAAUCUUUAUGGCGUGAUAUAGACAUGAACAGGCUUAACCAUGAUCCAUCUACAGAUCUAAACCUCAUAAUCGUGUCACAUGGGUUAGCUUCACGUGUGUUUCUCAUGAAAUGGUUCAAGUGGACAGUCGAACAGUUUGAGCACUUGAACAAUCUAAACAACUGUGAGUUUCGCAUACUGCAGUUGGGAGCCAAGGGCGAAUACAGCUUGGCUGUUUACCAUUCCGAUGAAGAGAUGCAAAAAUGGGGAUUAUCACCGGAGAUGAUAGCUGAUCAAAAAUGGCGAGCCAAUGCUACUAGUGGGGAGGGGAAUGAGAAAUGUCCAUGGUACCUUGACGUGUUCUUUGAUGGUCUAGGCGCCGACUCUGAUGAUGGUGACAAUGAUGAUCAAAAAGUUGUUUCAUGA